AUGUCGCCCAAGUGCUGUCGGAACGCGAGAUCAAUUUUAGGAUUUUUCAUUAAAUUUCACAGAGAAAAAAUGCCUCGCACUAAAGUAGCCAAGAACAACAAGCGAAGUCGUGGAGUGAACGACGAAAAAUUGCAAGAAUUCGAGAUAAUGGUUGAUGUCAAAUUAAACGAGCUUGAGGAGAAUUACCAAACCGCAUUAUCCGACAUCGAACAAAAGUUGAACUGGAUACGCAACCAAAUGCCCAGCAAAGUGCUUAAACUGAAAAUGUCUGAAGUUCGGAAGAUCACAACUGGCAGCUUCAUCGAUUCGCCCAUCGUCAAUUCGAGUCUCAAAACGAGUGGCACCAACAGUUUCCAAUUAUCAUCUCGUAACGUCGCAUCUCCAGCCUGUCCUCCGACAAUUGCACGAUCUCAACACUCGGACGAGGGAUAUUUAACCCAUGAGGAAUCCAGAAAAAUCUCCAAUGGUCCCGCACGAAUGGGUCCUUUCAUGUCGGCACAGAAGAAAAAUCGUCGCAGCAGAUCGGCAACGGGGUCCUUGUACACUCCACAAUUGAUGGGAUCUCGUUUGGCGCCACAAAAUCCAUCUCGUACCUUGCUGAAACGCACACAAAGUGGCUUACUCGGUGCUCGUCCAUCCCGCAACAAAUUCCGAACUCCGAUAAUGAAUGGGCGCACAAAAGCCGUCAGUGUUGAUCGCUUGAUGAUCACGCCAAAGGUCACGCCAAACACUCCGAUGGCAGUUUUGCGUCAUGCUCGUACUGGAGAAAGUGUAUUUUCCGUUACCGGAAGCCCUGUGAUUACUUCGGUGUCGGGCGAACGCAUGGCAAACGUGAAUAUUCCAAUUGGCGAUGCUAUUUUAUCGAUUCGCCCCACGGAAAUGGGCAACAUUGAUCCGUCGUAUGUCUCGCGAAUCGAUAAAAAUACCAUUCAGCACUUGAAGGUGUUGCAACAGAAUAUCAAUCGGAUCAUGGAGACUGCGAGUCGUGUUCAAAUUGAUCAAAACUAAUUAUGUGAUAGAUAAAUUUCGUUUUAAUUUGUAGACAAAAUUGUAAUUUCACAUUUUUUUUAAUAUUAAAAUUCAAUUAUUUUUGUUGUAAUUUUCAGUCA